GUUCCUUCCUCCGAUCCAGAGUAGUAGAGUCCGUUGAAGAAUUCGAUUGGGAAUAAUUUAAUCAACAUUCCCAGGACUCCCAGCAUGCAGCCUAUAACGUCGUGGAGCAAGGAGAGAGUGAGCGACUGGCUCAAAGGUCUGGACGCUCCUCUCCAGCAGUACCCCUUCAAAGAGUGGAGGGUGACGGGGUUGGACCUGCUGCAGCUCUCCUCCCAGGACCUGGAGCAGCUGGGCGUUCACAAGAUCAGCCACCAGGAGCUCAUCCUGGAGGCUGUGGAGAAGCUCUGCUCCCUGACAUACGGUAUGGGAGGGGAGACCCUGCGCAGUCUGACAGAGAACCUGUGCGUGGUGGCCCACUCCCUGAUCAUGGGCAUCCAGAUCCGCUGGAGGGUAAACACCUAUGAUGGGCAGAGCGCCACCAAGCUGCCAGCCAGCGUACUGCAGGUGGUGCUGGAGCUCAUCACCUCCGCAAAGGGCCUCUUCUCCCUGCUCAACAGGUACCAGUUUACCCAGCUGAGUGGUUACACGUCCAGUAGGAACAUCAUCACCUACUGUAAAGACCUGGGGACCGCAGUACACAAGGUAGUCUACCUCUCCUACUGUAAAGACCUGGGGACCGCAGUACACAAGGAUUCCACAGUUUACGAGAAAGAAAAAGACAUCAUCUCCAUCUGUCGUCAGUUGGUGGCGGUGUGUGAUGAGAUUCUGUACUGUAGUCCAGAGGUGCUCCUUACCCACACUGCCCAGCUGGAGAGGGUUGACCUGGUGCCUGUCUUCGACGGCGAUCACCUGUCACCCUCGGACUUCUGUGACAAGAUAUUAGCUGGGGACGAGGUGAUCCAAGUCAAUGACCAAAUAGUGGUUGGCUGGAGCAGGAAUAACCUGUUGAAGAAACUACAGGAGAACCCCAGUGGGGUGACCCUGGUCCUCAAGAAGGUCCCCGUGUCCCUGAAUCUCAAAGACACACCCCAACAGCCCCCCUGCCCAAAGGAAGAAGAAGAAGAAGAGGAGGAAGAGGGCAAUCAGAGAUUCUCCGUAUUGGAGAGAGUAGCAGCCUCGGUCAGGUCCCUUUCAUUCAGGGCAGCGGUUCAGGGGCCAGUGGUGAGCCAGCACAUGGGCCAGGAGGAGUCGGAGCUGUCCAAUGACAGGGGAUUGGACAGCAGCCAGACAUACACCUCACACCCCCACCACCAGGGGGAGCUCUCAUACCUGUCUGCAGGUCAGACAGGAGAGACUAAUAGUUUGAAGGGGUCCAGGUUCAGCACCAGGCACAGGGGAGAGGGCUCUGCGCCCCCCAGUAGUCCAUCCCCCCGGGUACUAGAGCUAGCCAGAGCUAGCGUCAGUUCCUGCCCUGAGAUGGGUGGACACGGGGAGGAUAAAGAACCAAAAAAGAUGUCUACAAAAGGCAAGAGUACAGCGACGAGCAGGCGCCGUGUGUCGUGUCGUGAGCUGGUUCAGCCCGACUGUGACGGCUGGCUGUGGAAGAAGCGGAAGGAGAGCAGCGUGUUCAUGACCCAGAAAUGGCAGCGCUUCUGGUUCGUCCUCAAGGGCCCCACUCUCUACUGGUAUACCAGCCAGCAGGAGGAGAAAGCAGAGGGCCUGGUUCAUAUCUCCAGCUACAACAUAGAGAGCGCAGGAGAACACAAGAGGAAGUAUGUCUUCCAAAUGUGCCACCAGCGCUUCCAGACUUUCUUCUUUGCCGCCGAGAAUGUCAAUGACAUGACCAAGUGGAUCAACUGUCUGAUCACAGCCAUACAGAAACACAAGAAGUUCCACAAAGGACCACCGGACAACGAAGAGGAGUGCUACAGUGAGACGGAGUCAGAAGAUGAGGGGUCUUCUCCUUCACCACGCAGAAACAAGAUCUACACGAAAACUCUGUCCAACACACUGCCUCGGGCCAGGAAAGAGAAAGAGAAGGAGAAGGAGGAGAAAGAGAAAGAGAAGAAGAACAAGGUUCAGGUUCCCGCUCCACCCACAGGGCUCAGCAGAAGCCCAGGAGCUCCAGAGGAUGAGAUGGACGUGCUGUUCCACGGACUGAAGGAGGGCGGCGUGUCCCUGAUCGGCAGCAAGCAGCCACAGACCCAAGACCACUUCCGAAAGUCCUUCAUCCGGCGCAACAAGAACCCUGUCAUCAAUGAGAAGGCCCACACGCUCCGCGCGCUGCAGAGCACACUCAAGGAUAAAGAGGCAGAGCUCCAACUCAUCAACAAGGUGCUGGAGGACUCUGAGCUGACGUCCCAGAAGUACCGCCAGUGGAAAGAACAUAACAAAGACUUACACCUGGAGAUUGAGAAACUGGCUGUCCAAUGGGCCAAGACAAAGGACACGCCCCCUGGAUCGUCAUCUGGGGAGAUGGUGGAGGUGGUUGCCGUGGAAACAGAGGCCGCGUGUGGACUGAGCCUUGGUGACGGGGAGAUGCUGGUAGACGCGGAGCCAUCGUUGUCAAGUACGAUGAAGGCAGCAGGCGACUCUGAUGUAGAGCCGCAGUCAGAGCAGUCAGUGACUGCAGAGAGCAGAACAGAUGACUUAGCUAGUCCUGCUAGCCGAGAGAAUUACUUCUAUAUAUGAGACGCCACUGAACUGAUCUGAUGGUGGUUUCCCUACUUACCAUCAGAAAUGUAUGGUUAGGGCAUGGAGUUUUUCUCAACCAUAUGACCUAACCAGGGAAAACUCAUAGCUGUACUUAUCGCUGUGAUUCAUGACUCUAUUUAUUGCUGUGGUUCAUGACUCUAGUUUGAGCAGUGAUUCAUGAC